AUGAACAUUGUCAAGGACCGGGACCAAACGUCAAAGUUCAGACGACGGGGCCUCUUGCCACGGGCAUCCAUCACUGAAACUCUGGCUAACAACGCAACUGGCGGCGACUAUAUUGCAACAGCCAAGGUGGGAACGCCUGCCCAGACCGUCACUUUCUUGAUCGACACUGGUAGCAGCGAUGUCUGGAUGCUCGCCGCGUCAUCGGAUUUAUGUACAACGCCUUCCCUCCAAUUACAAACUGGUGGAUGCUCAAGUACUUUUGACGAGAAGAAAUCCACCACGUACAAGUUGGCGGUAGAGGGUGCCUUCGACAUUACAUACGCGGACAAAUCAGGAGCGAAGGGCGAUUAUAUCAAUGACACAUUCUCAAUUGGCGGAGCGACGAUUAAGGCACUCGAAAUGGGCUUAGCAUACACAUCCACAAGCUCGACAGGAGUAAUGGGCAUUGGCUACUCUCUGAACGAGGCAUCAGAUGAUUCUCGCACCCAAGAAGUACCCUUCGUAUAUCCGAGCAUUAUCGAAACCAUGGUUAGUCAAGGCUUGAUCAACACCAAAGCAUACAGCCUGUAUCUCGAUGAUCUGGAAGCAUCUUCCGGGUCUAUCAUUUUUGGAGGGGUCGACACGCAAAAGUUCGAAGGAAGUCUGACCCAGCUCCCAAUUGUCGGUCUUGCUCUGCAGAAUGGAUCAUCAGUGUACAGCGACUUCGGGGUCACAAUGUCUGCGAUGGGCAUCACCGGUAAGACCCUGACCAACAGUACAUACGCAGACGUAGCAAUCCUCGAUUCUGGAACCGCCCUGACCUAUCUGGCUCCUGACCUCAUGGCGCUCAUCGUAACUGCUCUUGGUGGAGUUGACGACACUGCACAAACCCAAAAUAUCUACGUCGACUGCGAUCUGCGUAACACUGCCGCCAUGACAUUCGAUUUUGCGUUUGGCAGUGCCACGAUCAGAGUCCCCGCCAGCGAGAUGAUCUUCGAUCUCAAAGGUAUCUUCGCCGUCCCUGCAAGCUACUUGCCCACCGUACCUUUCAAGUCCGUCUGCGCUCUGGGAAUCCAAGGCGGAGAAGCGCCAUACAUCCUCGGCGACACAUUCCUACGGUCCGCAUAUGUGGUCUACGACCUCAAUAACAACUUGAUCGGCAUCGCGCAGACGAACUUCGGUUCCACGAAGACGAACGUGGUCGAGUUGCAGGCGAGCGCGACCAGCAUCCCGAAUCUGAGUGGUGUGACUGGAUCAUCUAGCCCCUCAACAUCAACAUCGACAUCAACAUCAACAAAUACAAAGAACGCUGGCGCACCAACUAUCCCCGGAUUUGAUGUCCGAAGACUAGUUGUUCUGGGCCUCUGGGCCGGAUUCGCGGUGCUUGGUGGGUUGUUUGUUUGA